AUGGCACCUAAAAUUACUAUUUCUAUUGAUAGAGGCGGCACCUUUACCGAUGUGCACGCCAUUGUCCCUGGCAAGCCCGAUAUAGUGCUUAAGCUGUUAUCAGUCGAUCCGGGCAACUAUGCCGAUGCGCCGACAGAGGGCAUACGCCGUGUGCUUGAGUCUGCAACCGGGCAAAUAAUCCCCCGAGGUGUCCCAUUACGCCUAGACGGCAUUGAGUGUCUACGUAUGGGUACUACUGUUGCGACUAAUGCCCUACUUGAGCGUAAGGGCACGCGCUCAGCCCUGUUAACGACCAAGGGGUUCCGGGACCUGCUAAGAAUUGGCAAUCAAGCCCGUCCUGACAUCUUCGACCUCUCUGCCCGCCGGCCGGAUGUUUUGUUUGAAGCUGUUGUCGAGGUUGACGAACGCAUUAUCCCAUCUCAUCCUCGAUCUGACAAAGCGGCCCUUACAACUUACCGUGCCAUCGAAGGCGUUACAGGCGAAACAUAUCAUGUGCUCCGAGAGCUGGAUGUAGCAGCUGUCACAGAGGAGCUGCGCGCUCUCAAGAACCAAGGCUUUGGCUCAGUUGCCGUUGCUCUCGUCAAUUCUUUCGCUUGUCCCGAGCAUGAACGGGUCAUCGGAGACAUUGCAUCAGACCUUGGGUUCUCUGUAGCGCUUUCAUCGGUUCUCCAACCAAUGAUUAAGGUUGUGCCAAGAGGUAUGUCAGCGACUGCCGAUGCCUACCUGACACCGGUAAUCAAAUCGUAUAUCGACUCUAUUUCGGCCAACUUCGAAGGAGGGCUUGCUGGUACUCACGGAUGCCGAGUUGAAUUUAUGCAAUCUGAUGGCGGAUUGGUCGAUUUCCGUCACUUCAGCGGGCUCCGAGCUAUUCUAUCAGGUCCUGCUGCAGGAGUAGUUGGAUUUUCCGCAACCAGCUACGACGCUGAAGCACGUGUUCCUAUCAUUGGUUUUGAUAUGGGCGGGACAUCGACUGAUGUAUCGCGUUUCGAUGGCCAUCUUGAUCAUACUUUCUCAUCUAGCAUUUCCGGUGUGCAUAUUCAAGCACCCCAGCUUGAUAUCAACACAGUCGCCGCAGGCGGCGGCUCCAUCCUGUCAUGGCGAAAUGGCCUGUUUCAGGUUGGCCCCGAGUCUGCCUCUGCUCAUCCAGGCCCGGCAUGCUACCGAAAAGGGGGCCCUUUGACAGUGACUGACGCGAAUCUCUUCCUGGGGAGACUGUUACCUGAGUACUUCCCUAAGAUCUUUGGCCCUAACGAGGAUCAGCCACUUGACCGGCAAAUCACAACAAAGCUCUUUGCUGAGCUGACAGAAAAGAUAAAUGCUGACCAGUCUGUACAUUAUACCCCUGAGCAGGUGGCUCUUGGAUUCCUGAAGGUCGCGGACGAGUCCAUGACACGCCCGAUACGUAACCUUACCGAGGCACGUGGCUUCGAGACUGCUUCUCAUCACCUGGCCUGCUUUGGUGGUGCUGGUGGUCAACACGCAUGUAAUGUGGCGGCGUCACUUGGCAUCUCAAGAAUCAUUGUGCACAAAUACUCGUCAAUACUUUCUGCGUACGGUCUAGCCCUUGCAGAUAUCGUCCACGAGGCACAGGAGCCAUUUGCCGCCGAGUAUCAUAGCUCAAAAGCCUCAAUUGCCGACCGCCUGAAUGCACUGCAGCGGCGUUCAGUGUCUCAUCUGAGUGGCCAAGGAUUUACAGCUCGGCAGCUGAGGCAUGAGAUGUACCUGAAUAUGAGAUAUGAAGGGUCUGACACCAGUUUGAUGAUCUUGGAACCUGAAGAUGGCGAUUUCUCCAAAGCUUUCAUCGAUCGACAUCAUCGCGAAUUCAGCUUUACACUUGACCGCUCAGUUCUGGUUGAUGAUGUUCGCGUGCGCACUGUCGCUGCUUCACAGACUGUGUCCGAGAAGAGUCCACUUCAACAGCUAAAGGAGGCAACUCUAGGUGAAGCAGGUACACCUACAGAAAUCAAAAAGGUGUUUUUCGAUGCCGAUUCAGGCUACGUUGACACCCCUGUUUAUAAGCUGCGAGAGCUCGGUCAAAACGCUCGCCUGCAUGGACCUGCCAUCAUCAUAGAUGAGACCCAGACCAUUGUGGUGGCACCAAAUGCCAUUGCCUAUGUUCUUCAGACUUGCCUUGUCAUUGAUCUAGAGAGCGAGACAAGCCCCAAGAGCAGUGAUGACGUAAAGGCCUUGAAGGUCGACCCCAUCCGCCUGACUAUCUUCGGUCACCGGUUUAUGUCUGUAGCAGAGCAGAUGGGCCGCACACUACAGAAGACAGCUGUGUCAACAAAUAUUAAAGAGCGAUUGGACUUCUCGUGCGCAUUGUUCUCUCCGGACGGGGGCCUUGUAGCCAAUGCCCCUCAUGUUCCUGUCCACCUGGGAUCCAUGCAGUUUGCAGUACGCUUUCAACACAAGAGGUGGCUCGGUCAGCUCAAGGAAGGAGAUGUGCUUGUGGCGAACCAUCCCGUUUCCGGUGGCACUCACUUGCCUGAUGUUACCGUUGUUACUCCUGUAUUCGCUAAAGGCACAAACGAGAUAAUAUUUUACGUAGCCUCAAGAGGCCAUCAUGCCGACAUUGGUGGCAUCCUUCCAGGAUCAAUGCCUCCUAACUCGACCGAGUUGUGGCAAGAAGGCACGGCUAUUGAAUCGGAAAAGGUAGUGUCUGGUGGCGUUUUCAAUGAAGCACGAAUGCGGGAGCUGUUCUUGGACAUUCCGGCUCGUUACGAGGGCUGCUCUGGCAGCCGUAACAUCAGCGAUAACAUGUCCGAUCUGAAGGCACAGAUCGCGGCUAACGCUCGUGGUAUUGCACUUAUUCAAAACCUAAUUGAAGAGUAUGGACUGAAGACGGUGCAAAUGUACAUGCUAGCUAUCCAAGUUACGGCAGAACAAGCUGUACGAAACCUUCUUCAGGGCUUGUACAAGCGUUUCGACGGACAACCGCUUGAGUCACUCGACUAUAUGGAUGACGGAACACCCAUUCGCCUCAAAAUCACUAUUGAUGAAGACGGUUCAGCCGUAUUUGACUUCUCAGGCACAGGCCCUGAAGUGCAUGGCAACAUCAAUGCUCCUGAAGCCAUCACGCAUUCCGCUAUCAUCUACGCACUAAGAGUCACAGAUGUCGUGCUCAAGGCACUUGGUGCCUGUGCGGCCUCGCAAGGCUGCCUGAACAACUUGACCUUUGGCAUCGAUGCCAAGAAGGAUGAGGCCACUGGAGUAGUUGUCCCCGGAUUUGGUUACUAUGAAACAAUUGCAGGUGGAGCUGGAGCUGGACCGACCUGGCAUGGCGAGAGCGGAGUACACGUUCACAUGACCAACACGCGUAUCACUGAUCCAGAAAUCCUUGAAAAGCGAUACCCAUGUGUGCUGAGGCGGUUUGAGCUCCGUGAAAAUACUGGCGGCCGGGGCCACUUCCGUGGCGGCGACGGCGUGGCACGUGAAAUCGAGUUUCUCACGCCUGUGCAAUGCUCGAUCCUGUCAGAGCGGCGUGUUCAUCGGCCAUACGGCAUGGAGGGUGGAGAGCCGGCAGCGACUGGCCUCAAUCUGUGGCUGAGCAAGGACGAGUUCACUGGUGAAGAUCGAACAGUUAAUAUGGGCGGAAAGGGCUCCGUUGCCAUGAAGCCGGGAGAUCGGGUAGUGAUUAAUACACCUGGUGGCGGUGGCUGGGGGGCACCCAAUGGAUUGACAAAUGGACACAAGAAUUGA